CAAUCCAAAAAUACUACUCUUCUGUUCAUUGAGAGAAAAGAAAAGGAUUCAUCAUCAUCAUCAUCAUCAUCAUCAUCAUCAUCAUCAAUUGGUUCAUCAUGAGUCAGUGUAUGGUACCCAAAUGGAAUAAUAAUAAUAAUAAUAGUUUAAGACAGCAGAGUCGACAAGAACAAGUCGAAGCAGAAGAGAGUAAUAGAUCCUCUCACGUGCACAGCCACCACCACCUGCAAAAUCCCACUACUGUUCCCAAAAUGUCAAAUAAUAACAAUUAUGAGGUAGCAGAGUUAACAUGGGAGAAUGGACAACUAGCCAUGCAUGGACUCGGUGGAUUUCUUCAUCCUCCUCAGACAAAACCCACAUGGGGUAGGACCAACGAAACCCUAGAAUCUAUAGUCCAUCAAGCCACAAUACCACCACACAAUCAAAAUUCUAAACAAAGUGACAAUAAUUAUAAGUACGAUCUUCCUCCGCCAUUGAUACCCUCGACCAGUACGGUUGCAUCAUCGGACGGAAAAUGGGCCGAAACAUUAUCUUCCGGUCACCAUGUGGCUCCGUUGUUGAUGAAGAAACGUAGUAGAUCACAUCAUCAGUCGAACCAGCCAUGCGCGAGAAGCUUCAAUGGCAGUAGUACUAGAGAGGAACGUAUUAUGGAGGCUAGUGCAGGUGGUAGUGCUAGCGCUACAUUUUGUAGGGAUAGUGACACUACUAUGAUGACUUGGCCUUCUUUCGAGUCUCCUCUUCCGUCGAUGAAGGCGAAAACUAGGGAUGAAGAUUCAACUUCUCAUGGCGGAUCGGAAAACCAAGCUGAUCGAGAGACCAAAAGUGAAACAGUAAGAUCUCAUCAGUCAGGCAGAAGAACCCGAGCAGCUGCUAUUCAUAAUCAAUCUGAGAGGAGAAGAAGAGACAGAAUUAAUGAAAAGAUGAAAGCUCUACAAAAGUUGGUUCCUAAUGCAAGUAAGACGGAUAAAGCUUCAAUGUUGGAUGAAGUGAUAGAGUAUUUAAAACAACUUCAAGCUCAAGUUCAAGUAAUGAGUGUAAGAAACAUGCCACAACUAAUGAUGCCAUUAGGGCUCCAACAACAGCAACAACUUCAAAUGUCGCUCCUAGCUCGUAUGGGCUUUGGUCUAGGCAUGGGAAUGGGGAUGUUGGAUAUGAGCACAAUGGCACACAAUGCACCUCAUCAUCAGUCUCUCCCCGGCCAACUCAUCCACCCGGCUAAUACUCCGGCAGCCUCGGUGACUCCUUCGUUUGUUCCUUCUCCUUUUAUGGUUCCUUCGAUGAUCCAAGCUGCUCGGGGUCCAGCUCAGGCUAAUCAAGACCACCACCCUACCGCUAGUAAUUCAGUUCCGCUGACCGAUCCAUAUAGCAGUUUCUUAGCACAAUCUAUGAAUAUGGAUAUGUACAACAAGAUGGCGGCAAUGUACCGGCAACAAAUGAAUCAGACGACACAAGCACCAAGCGCCUCGUCUCAGUUGAAUAAUCCGGGAGAUAAUAAUCGACUGUAAGGAGAAAUAGAGGGACUAAUUUAAUCUUUUUAAGGCUGUAAUUAGUCCCUCCAGAUCUUAGUGGUGGAAACGAUGUAAUUUGAUCUUAUAGUCUCAGGUUUGAUUUUGUAACAAUAAUAAAAGAAAUUGUAAAGUUGAGCUAAAA